AUGCCUCGCAACGGAGACGGUUCUUCUGACAACGGCCCCAUUGAGGCCACUCACAAUGUCGCCCACGGCGUCCCCGAAGGCAACAAGGACAUUGGUGACAAGGUCGCCCGCGCCGACAAGACUGCCCCUCUCCCCGAGGGCGAGAAGGGCCAGGGUCUCUCUGACAUGCCCGCUUCCGGUGGCCAAAGCCAGGGCAUCAAGGAGGGUGACAACGUGGGACAGGGCAAGGCUCGCUAA